AUGGUGAUCGACCAUGUAAUGGAGACGCAGCAGCUGGUACCGCCGUUCGGAGUCUCGACGCACCACUCGUGCCGGCUCAAGAUGUACCAAGAUUCAAGUCUUGAGGUCACGGAAGACCACAUCAAUCACAUCGCGCACGGCGAUGGCGGAUUCCACGUGGAACGUCUCGAAAAGGUACGACUCGCUGAUGGUGAAUACCAAGUCCAAGUCAAGUGGAUGCGACUUGGUGGCGAAGAAGUGUCGUGGGAGCACGCGAGGAACCUCCUCGACGACAUCCCGGUCGUCUUCACCAAGUCGAACAAGUCCCAC